AUGUCGAAGGGGUCUGCGAGCGAGGUCCAGGUCGAGUACGAAGAGGUGGUCCUCCCCGUCCUGCGUUCCCCGUGGACCAAGGUUCCUGCGUUUUCGCGGCGGCCCCCAGAAGCUUUCCUGUACUAUGAAGGUCCGCCAUCACCCUCGCCCCCGCCGCGGACGCCAUCGGUCCACUUCUCAGUGCAGUCGGCCCAAGAGGGACGGACAGGGAGACAGGUCAGGGAAGGAUACUUGCAGCUUUUCGCCGUCUUUUGGUCCAUGAUACUUCUGGGAUGGAAUGACGGAACGACGGGACCCUUGCUCCCCCGCAUUCAGACCGUAUACGAUGUCAACUACACGAUCGUAUCCUUGCUGUUCGUCAGCGCGUGCACGGGCUUCGUAGCGGGAGCGAUAAUAAACGUUCCCUUGUCUACGCGUCUCGGGUUUGGGAAGGUGUGCUCUGCUCUGCAAGUAAUUGCUUAUGCCGUCGACGCCACCGCCCCUCCCUUCCCUGUUCUGUGCGUAGCAUAUGCUGUCAACGGCGCCGGGAUGUCCCUUCAGGAUGCCCAAACAAACGGCUACGUCGCUUCCCUGACGGAAAACCAGGAGGCCAAGAUGGGAAUGCUUCACGCUGCCUACGGUCCCUGCGGUGCUCAACCCUCCCCAGGCUUAGGCGCUUUUGCGGCCCCACUCGUCUCGACGCAAUUCGCGCAGAUGCAUCGCUGGUCCUUCCACUACCUUACCUCCAUGGGCGUCGCGCUCGCCAAUAUGGCUAUCUCGGCCGCGGUCUUCCGCUUUGAGAAUCAGGACCGUACCUACGACAACAACAAUCUCACCGCACGCUCAGGAAACAGCCUCAUUCAACUCUUCCGCCUCAAAUCCAUGCACCUCCUCGCGCUCUUCGCGUUCGUCUAUGUUGGUGUCGAGGUCACGCUCGGCGGCUGGAUCGUGUCCUAUGUAAUUGACAAGCGGGGCGGGGGCCCGGAUUCGGGGUAUAUUUCGUCGGGGUUCUUUGCGGGCAUGAUGCUGGGACGACUGGUCUUGCUUUGGGUGAACAAGAAGAUCGGCGAAUGGCCCGUCAUCUUCGUCUACGGCCUCCUUGCUAUCGGCCUCGAGCUCGUCGUCUGGCUCGUCCCCUCCCUCCUCGGCGGCGCCAUCUCCGUCGCGCUCGUCGGCCUCCUCCUUGGGCCCUUCUUCCCCAUCGCCAUGAACCAGGCCGCGCGCAUCCUCCCCGGCUUCCUCCUCACACCGAGCAUCGGCUGGAUUGCGGGGAUCGGGCAGGCGGGGAGCGCCGUCUUGCCGUUCGUGACGGGCGCGCUGGCGCAGGGGACGGGGAUCGGGAGUUUGCAGCCGUUCUUGGUUUCGAUGAUGGCGUUCAUGAUGAUUCUGUGGGCGAUGGUGCCACGGAAGGCGCAGCGUAUGGAUUAG